AUGGCCAGAACUCGAAGACCUCCCAUAGCUGCACCUUCAGAUGUCGACAACUCCACUGUUCCCGUGGUGCCUCCUCCGUCAGACCCUCCCGUCUCCGUCGUCGACCACGUCACCGUCGACUCCACCACUGCUCCCGUGGUGCAUCCUCCUCCCGCAGCUCCAAUGGAACACGCAAGAACCGGUUCUAGACCACGCAGUACCGUCAUCGACGAUUCCACCACUGUUCCCGCGGUGUCUCCUCACGUUCAAGAACCGGCUUCUCCUCCUCCCACUGCUCCGGUUUCGUCUCCAUCUCAGCAUGUCCGAGCCGCCUCUGCCAUUCCACCUCCGGUCAUCCCUUCAAGAUUCAUUCCUCCGAUGACUAAUGGUAACGCUCCUUCCACUCACUCUGUCAUUCCAAACACUAACCAUUAG